AUGACAGUCACUUGCUUCCCAAGAGCCUCUCUCUCUCGCGACAACAUGCGUUUCUCUGUUGCGCUUCCCUUCGUGGCGUAUCUAUCUUUCUCUGGAUCCGCUGCAGCCUUCCACUGUCCAGAGGAAGAUAUCAUAAACACUCAAUGCCUGGGUCCCAAAGAUUGUCUGUACCCAAAUCCCGAUAACUGUGGCACUUUCAUCCAAUGCACGGUCAACCCUGAUGGGAUCACCGGGACUCCCGUGGUCAUGCCUUGCCCGGCUGGCCUUAAGUGA